AUGGACGGCGAUGGAGAUCCCCACGACGGGCAUCACCCUCAAAAUCCUGCCCCUUCUGACCCUCGACACCCCCAGCUUGAGGAGGAAGGUAAUCCCCUCCCUCAUGAAGCGCAGAAGGAAAUGGAAGCAGUGAGGAGAGCGAAUAAGGUAGCGCGGAAGAUACGGCGUCUGAGGGCCAAAGCUCUCGCGCGGGGGCAGGGAAAGCUACAGAAGGAGGAUCUGCCCCAAAUCACACCAGGAUCGUCCGUAGCCCUCGCCAUGGGAACCCAUGGCUACUCUGAAACUCCUCCUGACACUCAACACAGCGGGGAGCAAGCUCUGAAGCCCGGGCAAGUGCUUCGUACGGGAGUGUUGGUGGAAGCGCCUGACAAAAUCCCCUCUUCCGCCGGCACUGAUGUGUCAGCAGCACCCCCAAGACCACAUAUUCGCCAGAGCGUUUUGUACUCAGAUCGCCCAAGGCGAUCCAGGAAACCUACAUCAGAUAAGCUACCGCCCACUGGAACUGCUACUUGUGUCCGGCAAAGUGCUUUAUAUGCAGGCCGCCUCAGUCGGUUACGUGGAAGCCAGGAACCGGAAAUAACGAAUAAGCUACUGGUUGAGGAGAAUGCUAACAAGGUGAGUGGCAGUGUGGAUCUACCUGAAUCGAAGACACUAGCGCUGAAUGACACACGUCCUAAGCUUGAAUUAACUGAUAGGGUUGAGGAGAAUGCUGGCAAGGUGAGCGGCAUUGAGGGUCCUGCAGUUAAGGUUCUACCGGUUGAGGUGGAUGCUGGUGAGGUGAGCAGCAUGGAGUUUAAAGCAUCUACACUCCGCCAGUCACCUCCUACACUUAACUCAACUCACAGGUCCAAGGAAUGUGCUUAUGACACUGCCGAAAGUAAGACUGGCUCUGAAAUUGUUGCGGAGGAAAAGCUUACAGAUGAAUCAGAUCCUUGGAUGCUGGAUAGACAUAUACUAGCUGAGAGAAUGUUUGAACUAGGCAAGAAAGAACAAGGGUUCGAUGCGGCCUCUCUGCAUUGCACUGUGCAGUGGGCACAAGAAUAUCGUGAGAUACUAAAGUACUUGGCCGAACAUAGAUAUACUGACGUCGUGGAGGCUAUGAUUGCCGCUAGUCAUGGCUUUAGCAACCCGGCCCAGCAUAAACUGGAUGCUGAAGCAUUUUGGUCAUCAGGAGAGGAAUUAAAAUUUCCUGAAGUCUCCAAGCCCUUUGCCUCUCCAACAGAGAAUUCAGUGCAGGGAGAACCGUCUACCAAAGAAAUCAUUGAGGAUGCUAAGAAGUGGAUGGGCGAGGAAGUCAUGGUGGCUUUCAAGAAGUACAUCAAAUGGCAGGACCAAUUCAAAGACGUGGAGUAUAGCCUGGAUGAGCUUCAACAUCAGUGCUUCAGCGUGGAGAGCUAUGACCAUACCUUCCAUCACUUCAACUUCACCGUUAAGAUGAAGAAGCCAGACGGUGAUUGGUCAUCGACGCCCUAUUUUGCUCAAGUGAAAGAGAUCUAUGGAAGAAAAUAUUAUACCUGCUACGAACUAAGUUCAUAUGAUGAUGGUCACUGCUACGCGUGCAUAAAUCAAGGAAUGCAUGCACUGAAGCACCCUAUUGGUGAGUUCGGGUACGACGGUGGCCAUCCUGACACGGGGUCCCCCUUCCUUUAUCUUAGUGACGAUGAAUAA